AUGUCUUGGCGAAAAUUUGAGAUUAUCCGUAUUAUUGGGAGAUAUUAUGAUGGUGAUGAGUAUGAAAAGAUUAUUGAGGUUAUGAUGGACAUCUCUAGAGUACUUUCUGAUAAGAAGAUUAAACCUCCUCUGUUGAAGGUCACACUUGUGAGAGUAUGCAGCAUGUUAGGAAUACCGCGCAUGUCUGAUGAUGGUAGAGGUAGGGAAUCUAUUAUUAGAGGUGAAGAUAUACUCUUUGGUAAAGUCUACCCUAUACUUGGGUAUGAGCCGUAUUGGUGUAAACAUUUUAGUAGGUGGGUUUAUCUUAGAAAUGAGUCUAGAAAAUGGCUUGAAGAGUUAGAUCUUGAGAAAAAGAUUGCAAAGU